AUGAAUUAUUUAAAAAAAUAUGAACAUAAGGUUUUAAGUGAUACAUUAAGGUUUUUAGGUUUUACUUUUAAAUGGGGAAUUCACGAAAAUGGUUAUUGGCUUACUAAUUUAAAUUAUUCAUUUGAUUAUAUUCUAUCUAAUUUAAUUAUAAAAUACUUUAAGGAAAGAAAUAUAAAUAGUGCUGUAGAUAUUGGUUGUGGGUAUGGAGAUUAUGUAAAUGAAUUAAAUUUUCAUAAAAUAAAAUCAGUUGGUGUUGAUGGAAACUUUAAACUUCUUAAUUCCUUAAAAAAUGAAAAUUUAUAUAUACUAGAUGCUACAAAUGAAUAUUUUGUAUCAAACUUAAUGAAUGAAAUUAAUAAUUCAAUCAAAAAAGAAAAUAUAAAAAGAGGCGUACUAUUAGAGAAAAAUGGAAUUAUAAAAAAAGGAGGAAACAGCAUAAGAAGUUUUUUUAAAUUCGAUUAUGCUUUAUGCUUAAAUGUUGGAGAAUAUAUACCAAAGAAAAAAGAAGAAAUAUUUAUAAAAAAUUUAGACAGAAUAAAUAAUAAAGGAAUAAUUUUAUCAUGGGAUACUCCUAAUAAUUUUAAUAUAGGAACAAUAAAUGAAAAAAAAGAAGAGGAGAUAUUAGAAAUAUUUUUAAAUAAUUAUAGUUAUAUAUAUGAUGAAAAAAAUAGUAGAAUAUUCAGGGAUAAUUGUAGUAAUGAUACGUAUAAAAAAUGUAUAUACAUUUUCGAAAAAAAAAAAAAUUAA